AUGGCGGCUCGGACAUUAGAAGCUCGUUUCGAGCGCAUGUCUGUAAACGACGAGAACGAGUACCAGAAGUCAAAGAUCGUCACGACGACAACACAGCUGGGACACAGCACAAGUAGACCGAAUCUCUACAAGGUAGCCCUACAAGCAGGGAGCGCCAACACCGUCACCGCCGUCACCCUCCCGUCGCAGGCCGCACAGCGCAAGGGCGCGCAACCCCCGUCACCCACACGCAAGCCCGUCGCAUCCGCGGUCUCGCGCUCAUCCGAUGAGCUCGCCCUCGCCCACGUGGAGCGCAAGUCGGCGACGAUCCUGAUCGAGCAGCCGUCGAUGAAGCAGUUCCACCUCGGCAUGUUCGAGAUCGGGCGGCCGCUGGGCAAGGGCAAGUUCGGGCGCGUGUACCUGGCGCGGGAGCGGACGAGCGGGUUCAUCUGCGCGCUCAAGGUGCUGCACAAGAGCGAGAUCCAGCAGGGGCGGGUGGAAAAACAGGUGCGGCGCGAGAUCGAGAUCCAGAGCAACCUGCGGCACCCCAACAUCCUGCAGCUGUUCGGCCACUUCCACGACAACAAGCGCGUCUUCCUGAUCCUCGAGUUCGCCGGCAAGGGCGAGCUGUACAAGCACCUGCGCAAGGAGAACCGCUUCCCCGAGUGGAAGGCCUCGCAGUACAUUGCCCAGAUGGCCAGCGCCCUGCGCUACCUGCACCGCAAGCACGUCAUCCACCGCGACAUCAAGCCCGAGAACAUCCUCGUCGGCAUCCACGGCGAGAUGAAGGUCUCGGACUUUGGCUGGAGCGUGCACGCCCCCAACAGUCGCCGCGCCACCAUGUGCGGCACCCUCGACUACCUGCCGCCGGAGAUGCUCAAGCCCGGCAGCUCGGACAACUCGUACAACGAGAAGGUGGACCUGUGGAGUCUGGGUGUGUUGACGUACGAGUUCCUGGUGGGUGAGGCUCCCUUCGAGGACACGCCGGUCAUGACGCAGAGGAGGAUCGCGAGAGCGGACAUGACGAUACCUUCGUUCGUCAGUCCCGAGGCUAGGGACCUCAUCAAGAGACUCCUCGUACUCGACCCUGAGAAAAGGAUACCCCUCGAGCAGGUGCAGACACAUCCCUGGAUCGUCAAGCACUGCCUGAAGGGCGAGCGGGCCGCGAACCGGGAGAAGUCGUAA